GUGUGUGUGUGUGUGUGUGUGUUCACAGGGCCAGGGCGCCAUCACUGAGAAACUGCGGAGCUUCAGCAUGGCCGACCUGUCUCAGAUCUCCCAGGGAGACCAGACCGACUACGUUAACCGACGGGGACUCACCCAGCAAGACGGAGAAGGUUCUCGCUCCAAAGGCCCGCUUACACGCAGCCAAAGCACUCCAGGAGACUAUUACGAAUACGAACAGGACGACCGUACAGAUGAUGAUGAUGGAGAAGAGCCUAUAUUCUCAGAGGACGAGGCAGUGACUCAACGUGGCGUACGCCGUUCCCAAAGCGUCAAGAUCACACGCUCCAAAUUACGCAAGGACGCUCGUUAUGGCUCCCUGCGAAUCAAAACCAAGAAAAGACCUGCACUGAACACCAUCAACUAUGCAACAUAGAAGCAGCCCAGAGCAAGACUACUGAUCUGAAGAGGCAUUGGUGUUCUGGGAUUGUGUGUGUGUGUGCGUGUAUGCGUACAUAAGUAUGCGUGUUUGUAAGUGUGUGUUUAUUUGCACCGUACAUUAGUAUGUGUGUAUGAGAGAGAGA